AUGGCGUGGUCGCUGCCGCUUCCCUACCUGCUCCUCCCUCUCCUGGCCAUCGUCCCAUUCCUCUGUCUCACAAAACGGCGACGCGCAGGCCCGGUCCUCCGUCUGCCUCCAUCUCCGUGGGCGCUUCCGGUGCUCGGCCACCUCCACCACCUCGCAGGAAACCUGCCGCACCGCGCCCUGCGCGACAUCACGCGUCUUCACGGCCCUGUAGUAAUGCUCCGCCUCGGCGCGCUCCCCAUGGUCGUCGUCUCCUCGGCCGAGGCGGCGCGAGAGGUCAUGGUGACCCACGACGUCGACUUCGCCACGCGCCCCUUCACGCGAACGCUCCGCCUGGCUGUCGCCCAGGGCGCCAACGGGAUCAUCUUCGCACCCUACGGCGACGAGUGGCGGCAGAUCCGCAAGAUCUGCACCGUCGAGCUUCUGAGCGCCCGGCGCGUGCACUCCUUCCGCUCCGUGCGCGAGGAGGAGGCCGGCCGGCUCCUGCGGGAAGUGGCGGCGGCGGCGGCGGCCCCGGCCGUGGCCAACCUCAGCGAGAUGAUGGCGGCGUACGUGACCGACUCGGCGGUGCGCACCAUCAUCGGCAGCAGGCUCAAGAACCGGGCGGAGUUCCUGGCGCUGCUGGACCGUGGAUCCAAACUGGUGGCCACAAUGAGCUUGCCGGACUUCUACCCCUCGUCGCGCCUCGCCAUGCUCGUUAGCCGGAUGCCGCGCCGAGUGAAGCGUCUCUUCCAGGAGCAGGCCGCGUUCAUGGACGGCAUCGUCCGAGAGCACAAGGAGAACCGAGCCGGCACCGCCAACGACGACAAAUAUCAAGAGGACCUGCUCGACGUGCUCCUCAGGGUCCAGGACCAAGGCGACAUUCAGUUGUCCACCGGCAACAUCAAGGCAAUCAUCAGUCACUUGUUCGGUGGGGGCAGUGAGACUGGGGUGACGACGCUGCAGUGGACAAUGGCCGAGCUCAUUCGGAACCCUAGAGUCAUGCGCAAGGCACAAGACGAGAUCCGGCAAGCAUUGGUUGGACAAACAAGGGUUACUGAGGCUUCCCUCGUUGGCUUGAACUACCUGCGUCUGGUGAUCAAAGAGGCGCUCCGUUUGCACCCACCUGCACCGCUGCUGUUGCCACGGGAAUGCCGCACCGACGGCUGCCAGAUCCUCGGCUUUGAUGUGCCCAAGGGGACCAUGGUCCUCGUCAACGCUUGGGCCAUAAGCAGGAACCCGACCUACUGGGAUGCCCCCGAGGAGUUUCUUCCCGAGAGAUUCGAGCAUUCUGGCAUUGACUUCAGGGGGUUGAACAUGGAGUACACACCGUUCGGUGCAGGACGGAGGAUAUGCCCCGGCAUGGCGUUCGGCAUAGCAAACAUGGAGCUCGCACUUGUCGGGUUGCUCUACCAUUUCGACUGGGAGAUGCCUAGCGGGCUAGAGGCUUCGGAGCUCGACAUGACAGAGGAGAUGGGCCUCGGUGUGCGGAUGCGCCAUGACCUGCUGCUUGUUCCCAUUGUUAGAAUUCCUUUACCAGUAGACUAG